CUUAGAUCUUCCCCCCCCUGAUCGGCGACGGCCUUUCGCUUUGCCCGUGCAUUUCUUUGCCAUAUGUUAGUGCUGCUGCCCGCACCACCCCCGGCCCGUUGCGUGCUCCAACCCCGCAAAGCUCCAAUCCUCCCCUCCCAAGUUUCCUCUUAUUCCUUGUCCCUCUUUCUCCCCCCGCUCGAUCUCUCCCCUGCCGCAGAAGGAACCGCCGAUUCGGCGCGCGCGCGCCAUGUUUAUAUAUACGCCAUGGGCGCAGGCAAAGCAGGGCCCCUACUUUACACCUCUUCUCCGUCGAGUAGCUGUCGUCCGCCGCCGCCCGGUUUUGUCUUGGGGGUUUCGGAGGGAAGAUCGAUCAGGGUUGGGAUUUGGACAGACGGCAUGGGUCAUCAUGAGCCGUUCGGUCGCUUGGUGGGCUUGGUUUUUGUCCUUGUUGCACUCUGCGGUGGAAUAGAGCACAGGAGAGCAGAGGCUGCCGACGGAGCGUCGCGGCACAGGAUGCUCACCACGAUCUCGGUGUCGAAGCCGUCCUACCCCACGGUCACCACGCCUAUGUCGGCCUCCGCCGACCCGGACUCGGCUCCGGGCAGUCCGUCCCCAACGUUCCCAUCGUUGGCAGCCGGGAACGGCGGUGGCGAUGCCGGCGGCAUCGGGGGCGGUGCCGGAGCCGGAACCGGUGGCGGCGGUGGAGGGGCCGGUACAGGUGGCGGCGGUGCCGGUGGCGGCGGUGGAGGGGCCGGUACCGGUGGCGGCGGUGCCGGUGGCGGCGGUGGAGGGGCCGGUACCGGUGGCGGCGGCGGCGGCGGCGGCGGUGGCGGGACGUGGUGCGUGGCGAGCCAGAGCGCGAACCCGACCGCGCUGCAGGUGGCGCUGGACUACGCCUGCGGCUACGGCGCCGACUGCUCCCCGAUCCAGCAAGGCGGGAGCUGCUUCAACCCCGACACCGUGCACGACCACGCGUCCUACGCCUUCAACAGCUACUACCAGAAGAACCCCGCCCCCACCAGCUGCGACUUCGGCGGCACGGCCACCAUCACCAACACCGAUCCCAGUUCAGGGUCGUGCCAAUAUCCAUCAUCAAGCGGCGGCGCUCAGACCAUGAUGCCCCCGCCGUCCCCGACGACCCUGCCGCCGACGGUCCCGAUGACCCCGACGCCAACCACGCCGGACACCACCACCCCGACCACCGGCACCCCCGUCUACGGACUGUCCCCACCCGACUACGGCUCGAUGUCCCCUCCCGGCUACGGAUCAACGUCUCCCCCGGACUACAACGACGUCGGCGCCGCCGCGACGACGGGGCAGGGUAGGGCGGCGCUGGCGCUCCUGUGCGUCCUGGUCGCGACGGUAUCUCUGCACGCCUCCAAAUGAGAAGGCGCACGCAUCUAAAGAUGGCGAUCCUGCACGGUAGUUUCAGUUCAGACGUUACAUGGCGCGCCCCGUACGUGGUGGCUGAAAAGAUCCCGUUGGUUGCCCUGCACCAGCGACAUACAUGGUGCGUGCUGCCCGUCGCAGGGGAGAGCAAAGCUGCAAAUCUGCUUUAUGAUGUUGUAAGAAGCGUGGCGAUGCAGCGCCCCGGAUCUAGCAGGAGCAUCAGAUGUUUAUAUGUAUUGGGGAUUCUAUUCUACUACUGUACUAUUUAUUAGGAGUAUAUCAGAAAACUUGUUUCCUUGCUCGCUCCAUUUGCUUAUGCUGAAUCAUAGUAUUGUUAUGAGUAAAA